CUCUCCAACGCACAGCACUCCACUCCCCACUCCCCUAUCACUCUCCAGUGCACUCCACACACUCUGCUAGCUACCAAUGGCAAUGGGCAUGGGGCGUGCAACAAGAAGGAUGCAGGGCAGCAACUCCGUGUCGGUCUUGCUGGUGUCGUUGCUGCUGGUGGCGGCGGCGACCGGGGUUUCCAGCCGAGCCACGUACACGGGCAGCAGCACCGCACGUGCCGGUUCAACUGUGACGGCGACGGCGCCGCCCAAGAAGCAUGUUGAUGGGAAGAAGCAGCAGGUGCCGGCGCUGGUGGUGUUCGGCGACUCGAUCGUCGACCCGGGCAACAACAACGCCAUCAGCACCAUCGUCAAGGCCAACUUCGCGCCCUACGGCCACGACUUCGGCGCCGACCACCGCCCCACCGGCCGCUUCUGCAACGGCAGGAUCCCCACCGACUUCAUCGCCUCCAGGCUCGGGCUCAAGCAGCUCCUCCCGGCGUACCUGGCCCCGAACCUGUCGCGGCACGACCUGCUCACGGGCGUCAGCUUCGCGUCGGGCGGCACGGGGUACGACCCGCUCACGGCGCAGCUCGCCUCCGUCAUCUCCAUGACGGACCAGCUCCGCAUGUUCGACGACUACAAGGCCAGGGUCCGGGCCGCCGCCGGCGACGCCGCGCUCUCGGAGAUCCUCGCCAGGGGCGUGUUCGCGGUGUGCGCCGGCAGCGACGACGUGGCCAACACCUACUUCACCAUGCGCGCGCGGAGCUCCUACUCGCACGCCUCCUACGCGUCGCUCAUCGUCGCCCACGCCACCGCCUUCCUCGACGGCCUGCUCGCCGCGGGCGCCCGCCGCGUCGCCGUCAUCUCCAUGCCGCCCAUCGGGUGCGUGCCCUCCCAGCGCACGCUCUCGGGCGGCAUGGGGCGCGAGUGCUCCCCCGGCCACAACGAGAUCGCCGAGCUGGUGAACGCGGGAAUGGGCACCGCCGUCGAGUCCCUCAAGGCGAGGCACCCGGGGGCGAGGGUGACGCUGAUGGACAUCUACGGGUACCUGCUGGACAUGAUGGUGCGGCCGGACGGGUACGGGUUCAGGGAGUCCAGGCUGGGCUGCUGCGGCACGGGCAUGAUGGAGGUCGCCGUGCUCUGCAACGGCGUCACGUCGGCGGUGUGCGGGGACGUGGAGGAGUACCUGUUCUGGGACAGCUACCACCCCACCGAGAAGGCCUACAGGAUCCUCGUGGACUACGUCUACGACAACUACCUCAAGGACCUCAUCGCCUAGGCCUAGCUAUAUAUCCUUGCUGUAACCCCUACCUUGCAUGCAUUCUCUGGGAUUUUCAUUUCCAUUCAUUGCGUUUGUGCUGUGCACAUAGCACCUUGUGACAGCAAUUGUCAAUUAUUGUUGAUCUUCAAGAGGUCAUUAUCGGCUUGAGAUCGGACAGCCAGCUUUGAAGCAUGUGGACCUGCCUGCAAUAACAUGACUCCUGAGAGGGCUUUCUGCAA